CCGGGUCGGAUCAUGGCUAUUAUGGGUCCUUCUGGCUCUGGCAAAUCCACCCUUCUUGAUUCCCUGGCAGGUAGAUUAGCAAGAAAUGUUGUCAUGAAUGGAAAUAUUCUUCUCAACGGGAAGAAGAGGAGACUGGACUAUGGUUUGGUUGCUUAUGUCACACAAGAGGAUGUAUUGUUGGGGACUCUUACAGUCAGAGAAACUAUAACUUACUCUGCUCAUUUGAGGCUUCCAUCCUCCAUGACAAAGCAAGAGAUAAGAGGCAUCAUAGAUGGAACUAUAAUGGAAUUGGGCCUUCAAGAUUGUGCCGAUCGCCAGAUAGGAAAUUGGCAAUUAAGAGGCUUAAGUGGUGGAGAAAAGAAGAGAUUGAGCAUUGCCCUUGAAAUUCUAACGCGGCCUCGACUACUCUUUCUGGAUGAGCCUACUAGCGGCCUUGACAGCGCAGCAGCCUUUUUCGUCAUCCAAUCUAUUAAGAAUCUUGCACGAGAUGGAAGAACUGUUAUCUCCUCAAUCCAUCAGCCUAGUAGUGAAGUUUUUGCACUGUUUGAUGACCUCUAUUUACUGUCUAGCGGUGAAACAGUUUACUUUGGAGAAGCUAAGAUGGCAGUAAAGUUUUUUGCCGAAGCAGGGUUUCCCUGUCCAAGUAGGAGGAAUCCCUCGGAUCAUUUCCUGCGCUGCAUUAACUCAGACUUUGACAUCGUGACAGCCACAUUGAAAGGUUCACAACGACUACGUGAAGAAGACAAAACAUCAGAUCCUCUGAUGAAUUUGGCAACAGCGGAUAUCAAAUCAGUACUUGUUGAAAAAUAUAAGUUCUCACAGUAUGCAAGAAAGGCAAGAUCAAGGAUGCGAGAAAUCUCCACUAUCCAAGGCCUGGAGAUUGGAACAAUCAGAGGAAGCCAAGCAAGGUGGUGGAAGCAGCUUACAACAUUGACACAGAGAUCUUUCUUGAAUAUGUCUAGAGACACUGGAUAUUACUGGGCUCGAAUAGUCACAUACAUUGUUGUUGCUAUAUGCGUUGGGACUCUGUUCUAUGAUGUUGGUACUGGUUACACAGCGAUAUUGGCUCGUGGAGCUUGUGGUGGCUUUGUGACAGGCUUUAUGACUUUUAUGUCCAUUGGAGGAUUCCCGUCCUUCAUCGAAGAAAUGAAGGUGUUUUAUCGAGAAAGGCUUAAUGGUUACUACGGCAAUGCUGUGUUCAUACUAUCGAACUUCCUCUCUUCCCUCCCGUUCUUGGUUGCAGUCUCGACUAUUGCAGGGACGAUAACGUUUUACAUGGUGAAAUUCCGGUCUGGAUUUUCACAUUACGUCUUCUUUUGCCUUAACCUUUUUGGAUGCAUUGCUAUGGUAGAGAGCGUCAUGAUGAUCGUAGCUUCGUUAGUUCCAAACUUCUUGAUGGGUCUCAUAACUGGGGCCGGAAUUCUUGGGAUCAUGAUGAUCACGUCUGGCUUCUUCCGGCCGGUGGUAGACCUUCCCAAACCAGUUUGGCGCUACCCAAUUUCGCUCAUCGGAUAUGGUGCAUGGUCUUUGCAGGGAGCAUACAAGAACGAUAUGCUCGGAAUGGUAUUUGAUCCUCUAGUACCUGGUGAUCCAAAGAUAAAGGGAGAGGAUGUGCUAAGACAUAUGUUCCGAGUAUCAUUAGAUCAUUCCAAGUGGUGGGAUUUGUUUGCGGUCUACGCCCUCAUCGUAUGUUACAGACUUCUCUUCUUCAUCAUUCUCAAGGUAAAAGAGAGAUCAGCACCAAUUUUCCAGUCACUCUAUGCAAAGAGAGCAAUGCACCAGUUCAAGAAGCGCCCUUCAUUUAGGAGGAAGCCGUCGUAUUCGUCCAAGCGACAUCAUAAUCUCCAUUCGUUGUCGUCUCAAGAAGGUCUAAGCUCUCCAAUCCCUUAGAAUUCAGCCAUCAGCAGGUGCUUCUACUCUUGAAUUUUAGCUGCUGUUAUAGAAGAGAACUGCUCUUUUGCUACCAAAUACUUUCUUUUUCCUCUACAUCACAAAUUUACAAUUAAAGUUGUGAAACAUUGUAAUGUAAUAAGUGUGGCUUUUUAAAUGCAAUAGUUCUUGUAAAAAGACUAAAUGGCAAAAACUUCUCUUGAAAACGAAAGGAUAGCUUCAUGUCCAAA